AUGCACCUGCCAGUGCUCGCCCUGUUAGCAGUAUGCCCGACAGCCGUCAAGGCGAUCAGCACGCCGACGUGUCCGCCGCGAAACUUUACGAUUCAAUUUGAGCGCAGCCGCGACUUCGACCUCGACACCUUCAUCGGCGCUCGGUGGUACGUGCAGCAACAGAUGGAGUGCGCCUUAGAACCGGCGAAUCUCUUCCAAUGCCAGUGGGCCAAGUACAAAAAGAUAGAAGAAACGUCCCCCUGGGGGUUCACGAUCAAGGCGCACAACCAUAUCGACCAGAUCCCGGGUAACGCGUCGACGAUGGACCUGCAUCCCUGCGUUGGUGUCGUCGAUGCGCCCGCGGGCAAGCUCUCCGUGGGCCAGUGUUUUCUGCCCGAGGCGCUCGCUGGACCGUAGCAACUGCGUCUUCGCGACGACGUCGCGUCGAUAGUGUCGUCUCGCACAGGUACUGGGUCUACUUGUACGACGAGUCUAAGGGCUAUGCCGCGGUUGGCGGCGGUCCCCCGACGGAGGCGGCCCCCGGCGGCUGCCGCACGGGCACCGGCCACACGAACUCGGGGCUCUGGAUCUUCACGCGCGCGCAAGCCCGGUCCGAGAGCAUCGUGCAGACCGUCCGCGGCAAGCUCAAGACCAUGGGUUUCGACCUCGACGCCCUCCGCGACGUGCGGCAGACCGGCUGCCCGGGGUAA